AUGGCACUUUUACCAGAGAAUAAAUGGGAAGAAAAAUUGCCAGAUCUGCCUUCAUAUAAAGAAUAUAAAAAAUUCGAUGUUGACACUGCUGAUUAUAAUAAUGAUUUCUGUGCAAAAUUAGAAGGCAACACAUCGGAUAAAACACUUUGCAAUAAAAUAGCAAAAAAUUUAUCAAUACUGAAAAGUGAAAAUGAUAAAAAGAAACAAAAAGAACGUUGUCACUACUUUCAACACUGGUUCCAAGACCAGAUAAGUUUAAAGUAUUAUGAAAGGAAAGACACACAUAAUGAUAAUCCUGUUGCUGGUAAACUUUUUGAUUUAGUAUCAGAUGCCAUUUUAAAUCAUAAUAUAGAUCAAGGUUGUAGAGGCAAUUUUUUUGGAAGAGCAUCAACUUGGAAAGAAGACAAAGAUUUGCAUGAUUAUUUUUAUAAUUUUGAAUAUAUACAAAAAAAUAAAUCAAAUAAAAAGGAUUGUAAAAACUAUGUUGAUUAUGUUACGUAUAUCGAUAAGUUAUAUAUACCUAAGGAAGAGGACUGUUGUGAUGAAGACUAUAUGUAUGAUCAAUACUGUGCUCCUUAUAUUAAAUGCGGACACAAGUACAAUACCGAGACUUUAUUAGAUGAAUUGAAAACAGAACUUGCGUCACUAAGAAAUAAAGAAGAUCAAGUAAAUGAAGAUAUUGUUAGUUUGCCAGAGGAAGUGACUUCUAUUUCCUCAUCGAAAGAGGAGACUCAGUAUGGGGCUAGUGAAGAAGAAUCGGAUAUCUCACAUCUUGAAAGAUAUGCAGCUCCUACAGACAGUACUGAUAAUAUCAGUAGUAUAGAAAGAAUGUAUAAUCACCUCGAUGCAAACCAUUUUUAUAACAUCAUCAUAACUACAUCUGUACUUGGAACAAUUCUCUUCCUUUUCUAUUACCAUAGGUCUUCUCGAUUAGGAUCAAGUGAACGCAAAAGUAAAAAAAAAAAAAAUAAAAAGGAGAACAAUUAUUAUAAUAAUUUUGAUGAAGAUUUAGGGAUGUAUGAUUCGGAAGUUACGUAUUUAAAUUCUCAAACAUGUCGAUUUUAUGUGACUUAUGAUCAAGCAAAGAAUCCCUAUUAUUGA